AUAUUAAUAUUGUUAACAGACUGAGAUUGUUAGUAAUAAAACGCUCACCUGGAGCGUUUAUAAUAAUAUCAAAAAUAGAGUCUGACUUUAAGGUUGGGCAGAAUUCCAGAGGAAGGAGAAGGAUCCCAGAACUCUCCUGAACGUGUUGGAUGAAACAACCCUCACGGAGCCGUUAGCAGUCACCUUGACUCCUCCGGUCUCUGCCUGCUCCGGGUCACCGAGGGUCAGCCAAUGGGACCUCGCUGCGAGGGAAUUCAUCCAGUAGGAGCAGCCGGCUUCUCGGUGGGCGGGGCUUGGCGCGUGCAGCAGAUGAAGCCCGACUGGGUAAACUCAGGCGUGAUGAAGAAGAGUGGAGGCUGUUCUUUGGGGAGGUUCUGUGUGAAAACUGUCGGUUCCGUUUGUGUUCAGGUCCAGAUGCUGGUUCUGCUUUCUCCCUGAUGUCCACUGGUUCUACAGCUGUCCGGAUGGGUCCGCGUGGGAGCUGAGCGGCCCGUAGAAGUCAUCAGAACCAGCCGGGUCCGCUGGAACAUCUGGAGCCAUGAAGAGGUGUGCGCGCGCCAGCAGCUGUGGAUUGUAGGUCGAGCAGGAGGAGACUGUGCGCGCGCCUUCAUGAGCAGGACUCCAGCCGGCAGCAGGACCUGGACCACAGACUGCAGGCCGACCCGGUUCGGAGAGGACCGGAACUCCCAGCAUGAAGGAGAAGUCUAAGAACGCGGCCCGGACUCGGAGGGAAAAGGAGAACAGUGAGUUUUAUGAGCUGGCCAAGCUGCUGCCGCUGCCCUCCGCCAUCACCUCCCAGCUGGACAAGGCCUCCAUCAUCCGCCUCACCACCAGCUACCUGCGGAUGAGAGGAGUGUUCCCUCAAGCAGGUCUGGGGGAGUCCUGGGGUCACGUGAGCCGCAGCUCUCUGGAUGGAGUCGGCCAGGAGCUAGGCUCCCACCUCCUACAGACAUUAGAUGGCUUCGUCUUUGUGGUUGCUCCAGAUGGGAAGAUAAUGUACAUAUCAGAAACAGCCUCAGUGCACUUGGGUCUGUCACAGGUGGAGCUGACAGGAAACAGCAUCUAUGAAUACAUUCAUCCAGCUGACCACGAUGAAAUGACAGCAGUCCUCACAGCACAUCAGCCUUACCAUUCACACUUUGUACAAGAAUUUGAGAUGGAGCGCUCCUUUUUCCUGAGAAUGAAAUGUGUCCUCGCCAAAAGAAAUGCUGGCCUCACAUGUGGAGGCUACAAGGUGAUCCACUGCAGCGGCUACCUGAAGAUCCGUCACUACAGCCUGGAUGUGUCUCUGUUUGACAGCUGCUAUCAGAACGUGGGUCUUGUCGCUGUGGGCCACUCCUUACCGCCCAGCGCGGUCACGGAGAUCAAACUGCACAGUAACAUGUUCAUGUUCAGAGCCAGCCUGGACAUGAAGCUCAUCUUCCUGGACUCGCGGGUUGCAGAACUGACAGGUUAUGAGCCUCAGGAUCUGAUAGAGAAGACUCUCUAUCAUCAUGUCCACAGUUGUGACUCCUUCCAUCUACGAUGUGCGCAUCAUUUAUUGCUGGUGAAAGGUCAGGUCACCACUAAGUAUUAUCGCUUCUUGGUGAAGUGCGGCGGCUGGGUCUGGGUCCAAAGUUAUGCAACCAUCGUACACAACAGCCGCUCAUCCCGACCUCACUGUAUCGUCAGCGUCAACUACGUCCUCACGGAAACUGAAUACAAAGGCUUGCAGCUUUCUCUGGACCAGACUAAAUCUAAGGCCUUGUUCUCCAGCAGCAGCACCACCAGCCUCCCAGAGACCUCCAAAACCCUCAAAAGCAGAACGUCAUGGCCAAAGGCCAAAACCAGACCCUCACCGUACACACAUUAUUCUAGUUUCCACACGGACCGUUCAGAGUCGGAUCAGGACAGCCCGUGGGGCAGCAGCCCCCUCACAGACUCCUCUUCCCCUCAGCCGGAGCACGCUGAAGCUCUGGACGCCUCCUCCAGCUGCAGGCAGGUCUCCUACCCUCACAGUCUUUGCUACAGCUCGUCUGAAGAGCUGCAUCGCUCCACUAGUGAUGUCCUCACACACGGUCAGAGUUGUGAGAGGGGUCGAUGUGAUGCAGGGAGAUAUUUCCUCGGAGCUCCUCUGUCCAGCAGAGGUACCUGGUGGGGCGCGGCACGGACCAUCCUACCACUGACCAAGAGCUGCUCAGAGAGGAGUGAAGGGUACGAUGGCAACACGACCCACAUUGCAGCCAUCCACAGUUACCAUGGUCAUGGUCACUGGGAUGAGGACAGCGUGGUCAGCUCCCCAGAGGGAGGGUCAGCAAGUGAUUCAGGGGACCACUACCAAGCUGACCUCUACCCCUACAGCCCAGAGGAGCCCAGUAAAAUGGAGACGCUGAUUCGAGCCACACAGCAGAUGAUCAAAGAUGAGGAGAGUCGACUUCACAUGCGCAAGGGCCCUGAGAAUGCCCCCCUAAGCCUGGCCAAUGGACUUACCAAAGGCCCUAAUCCAUGCUUCACCCCAGAGUGUACACAAGGACUCCCGCCCUUACAGACUGUGGUUUGUCGAGGUAUAGGUCAGGUGAUCAGCCCAGCACCUAGCCCUGCAUCCGUAUCUAGGCUUACCAGCCCUGGCUCUGAGCAUCCCCACAAGCCCAAAGACUACCUCCAGACUGACCUGACCCCACUUUCUUUGCAGUUUCACCACCCAUUUAGUCGGCCUAUGGCAUACUCAGCUUCCCCUACGGCGGCCCCUGCCUGCUGCCCCCCACACAGCCGCCCGCAGCCCUACAUGGACAAACACCCAGCGUACUCACUGACAGGCUACACCCUGGAGCACCUCUAUGACCCAGAGAGCUUCCGAGGCUCUGGCUCCACUCACUACAAUCACUUUCGUCUUCAAUCAGAGCAAAGCAGUGAACACAAAAACCCCUCAGUGAUUAUCACCAACACUAGCUAACACUCAUCUGAUUUCCUAAGUAAAGAAGCUGAGGGUCGAUGGUGCCCCAUUACCAGAGUUGCAGGUUCACAUCCCACUAAGUCUGUUGCAAUCGUGUCCUUGGACAAGUCACUUCACCCUUAUUGCUUGUUGGUGGUGGUUGGACAGAUCAGUAGUGUCUGUGUACUGCAGCCUCACCUCUGUCAGUGUGCCCCAGGACUGCUGUGGCUAUAAUCACCACCGCUGUGCAAAUGGAUGAAUGACUGUGGUGUCAUAAAGCACCUUGGGGGGUGGUAGAACUCUAGAAGGCAGUAUAUAAAUACAGGCCAUUUACCAAAAAAAUGUCUGUUUCAAAUGUAUUUUGUUGCCUUAUGGAGACAAAACUGUUCAACCUGAUUAAUGCUGAUUGGAUGUUAAAUAAAGGUUUGGGUGGAUAAACGGGUUCUCUUUAGAUAAAACCACUGAGUAUGAUGGAAAACCAGAAGAGAAGCUAGUUUUACUACUGGGUCUCCUCUGAUGCUCUCUAGUCCACCUGUCGGACACACUCCUGACUCUCCAAACCAUUCACCCAAAACAAAUGUAAUGGGUUUAAAUGAGUUUAUGGUCUAAUCCAAGACUAAGUUUCAACGUCAUGCAACCAGAAUGGCAAUAGAGAGGCUGAGCCUGGUGAUGUUAUGCAAAGUGUUGAAAUGCUGGACCAGCUAAAUCAUCACAUCAUAGGUCCAUCAAGCAGCUGCUAAAUGUUGUGUUUGUUCAACAGAAUUCAAGGUUGGUCUUUUAGGAUUUGCCUAUGAUGUCACGUUCUGAUCUUAAAUGAACUUAUAUUUCUACAAGUUUUUUUUUUUUUGUUUGUUUGUUUGUUUUGGGGGAGGGUGUGUGCCAAAGCCUGGAAUGUGCUUAGUUUCUUAAAGAUAUUUAUGGUGUACUGUAAAUAUGCUCAGAAAAGUCACUUUUUAUUUGUAAGCACAUGGAAAAUAUGGUAUUUAUAGAGUAAAUGUUUCUGUAUGCAUUUUAAAUGAGUUUGGAAUAGCUGCAUUUCAGUCUGCCUGUUUUAAUCAGUGUUUCUGACAAAAAGACAAAAUAAAAUCUUUUUACAGGGA